CGGCAAUUCACAAUUCGCAAAGCUAACUAUCUCUUAAGAGCCGUUUAGCAAUAUCGCAUGAAUCUAGAUCUAUCUCCGGUUCUACUGAAGUUUUCAAUUUUUUGUUCUUAACCAGUGGAUAACAGAAGCUCAUUAUAGUAUGAAAUGAAGUGGUACAUCACUUUUCAAUUAUUUUUAAUAUCUGAAAAUGCGUGUCAAUACGCUUUAAGUAAAACGAUCUCUUCAAAGUCCUGCCUAACACGAAACGGUUACUUGAAGGGAAGCUAUUACGAAAGUCAUACGUGUGUUGAUUGUUUCAUAUUUCUCUUUCAGAACAAAUUUGAAGCCAGGAAACAAAAGAAUAAAUUAUUACUGAAUUUCACGACAAAUUCCCUGAUUGUAAAUUUGAGAGGAAAAUCAGAUUUCUCAAAAGUUUGCUCUAUAAUUGGUAAUAGAGACUGUUCCAGACUUAAAAGUUGUUGCGAAUCAGCCAUAAAAUGCUGCAAAACUCAAACUGAAAACCGACCGGAAGAUAAAAAGGGUUAUUGUCCAUCUACUUGGGACGGGUAUGGUUGCUGGAGCGCAACCCCACCUAAUUCGGUGGCAACAAUGCCGUGCCCAACAUUUAUAGAUAAUUCGAUACCAUCACUAUUUGCUGAAAAGAAAUGUGAGGCGAACGGAAGCUGGUAUAUAGAUCCAAAGAAUAAAAGGGAAUGGACAAACUAUACCACUUGCCUAAAUUUAUCUGAUAAGAAGACAGCCAUCUACAUUAGCGUUGCGUGGAACGUAGCCAGCUUAGUUUUACUGGUACCAUCUGUAUGCCUAUUCACACGUUAUAGACAACUGCGAAAACAAUAUAGGAUUCGUCUUCAUAUUAAUCUAUUUCUUUCAUUUAUUAUUACUUCUACUGUCUACCUAAUUUGGGAUCUCGGAAUAGUAUACAGAAACUUGACAUCUUCAACAAGUAAUAGUAUAAUAAGAGCAAAUUCGCUGGCCUGCAGAUGUUUAAACAUGCUAACAAGGUAUAGUACAAGUGCAAAUUAUAUGUGGAUGCUGGCCGAAGGUACAUAUCUUCAUCAACUGAUUGUUCGUACCUUCGAGCCCCCCGAAUCAUUGGGUCGAUACUACUUAAUUGCUUGGGGAUUUCCUUGGUUACCGAUAACGGCUUAUAGUUUAAUAAGGUUCCUGAACGCUAAUUCAAGUUGUUGGAUUCAAAAUCUUGGGUGGUUAGAAUGGAUAAUUUACGGUCCCAAUCUGAGUGCCUUAUUGCUAAAUACUGUAUUUUUGGUCAACAUUUUAAGAAUACUUCUUACAAAACUUCAAUCUCACCCAAAUGAACCCAAUAAUUUCAGACGAGCCUUGAAAGCAACUUUGAUCCUAAUUCCCCUGUUUGGACUCCAACUUAUGUCGGUAAUAUACCGUCCAAGGUCUUCGUCUAUAGUUUUCAAAUAUUAUGAAUGGUUUUCCGAAUUUAUAACAAACUCUCAGGGAUUUCUGGUAUCUCUGAUAUUCUGUAUUUGUAACGGUGAAGUGAUAGGUCAUGUUAGAAAGAGCUUACCAACGAAGAAUAAGAAAUCAAAAAGAGAUGAGCCUAGAUCAUCUACCCAAUUUGUUACAUGUACAGCAGAUGACGAUAGGAGAAAGAGCAGUGCUACAAGCGAUCGAAAGUACAUUCAGUUGAGAAUAUUAAGAGACAAUAGGGAAAAUUAAUUGUCGAACAUAAUUUAUAAUGUUCUCAUAAAUAGCAAAUAUAUAUAAUGUAUAUCCCGAUUAUACUAAUAUAAACUCAUAGAUGGCGUUACAGCUUAUCCUGACCAUCCCACUAUAAACAGGAUAUUUAAGUUGAAAAGUACAGAUUUUGUUUUGUAUACUCUAACCACAGCAUGUAUACUGCAAAUAGUGUUCCUUUACGUUUUUAUGCAUAUCUAUACAUGCAGUAUACACAGUGUACUCAGUUUAUGUGUACAGUUAACAAUAUUAUAUUAGAAUAUAUAUCUACAUAUAUAAAUGAAUAUAUGCUAUAUUUACUUAAUUGUAAUAAUUUUAUAUCUAUAUAUAAGUAUUGUAUGGAAAGUACUUUAUCUGAACUGGAUAAAAAUAUCAAAAAAGACGUACCUAGAUGUUCAGACGUCUAAAAAAAGAUAUCGAAUACAAAUAUUGUCUUUAUUAAUACCUAAUUUAGCAUGAAAUGCAUGCCAAAAAGCCUUAAAAAUAUUAGAAGAGUGUGCACUGGUGUAAAAUAAUUACACACAUGCAUUUUGCUAUCUUAGAUGUAUUGAUAUAUUGUGUCUCUUAGAUAAAAUAUAAUAUAUAUAUACGUGUGUGUGUGUGUAUCUGUAUUUGAUUAUAAGUUGCAUAUACCUUCAUAUCCUCGCUUGUCAUUAUAAGUGCUCGUAUAUGUAGUGUAAAGCAUGUAAAGAGUGUACUCACUAUUGUAUCUACAUAUAUUUACUACAAAAAUACUCUAGUUUUUAGGUUAAAUUUCUGUGUUUGUAGAAAAGAGUAUUACACUGUAAAUCAGUUGCAUUUAGUGUAUAUUGCAAUCUCACCUAAAUAAAAUGUAUAUGCAUAUUUAUUUGAUGGGCUGAUACAUUUGAAUGGAUUUA